UGGGGAGGAGGUGGGUUUAUUGUAGGCUAUGUACAGUUGUAUUCAAUUAUGUGUCUGCAGCCUCAGCCAAAAAAAAAAAGAGGAAAAUAAAUAUUUGCAACUUGAUUUUAUUUCUUCGUUUUUCACAACCUCCUCCUUAUGAACUAUUUUCAUGCAGUUCACAUUCAAAUGUGCUAAUGGGAAAACCAGUCUGCCAUUCAGCACAUCUUCUCCUCUUCAUUCUUCUCAUCACAAUCCAAUACUCAGACCAGCUUGAGCCCUCCCAAUCCCAGACCCUCUUCACACUCCAGUGGCUUCUCAAUUACCCACCAGUUCUAAGCAGCUGGAAUCAGACCACAGAUUUCUGCAACUCUGAACCAAACCCAUCUCUCACUGUUGUGUGCUAUGAAGACAGCAUAACCCAACUGCACAUUUUCGGGGAGAGCUGGGUUCCUCCAUUGCCUCAAAAUUUCUCCAUUGGUACCCUUUUCUCCACUCUUGGCAGUCUCCCAAGCUUGAAAGUUCUCUCUUUGGUUUCUCUAGGUCUAUGGGGGUCACUGCCUGCAGAUAUUGGUGGUUUAUUUUCUCUGGAAAUACUCAAUAUAAGUUCAAAUUACUUGAAUGGAACAAUUCCCCUGGAAAUCUCAGCUUUGAGGAACCUUCAGACGCUCAUACUAGACCACAACAUCUUCACUGGUCAAAUCCCUUAUUUGCUGCCUUCACUCCCACUGCUCGCUGUUUUGAGUCUGAAGAACAAUUCACUUUCUGGGACCCUGCCAAAUUCUUUAACAAGUUUGGAAACUCUCAGAGUUCUUGUGCUUUCAAUGAAUCAUUUUUCUGGGGAAGUGCCCAAUUUCCAAAACUUGACAAACCUUCAGGUUCUUGACUUAGAAGACAAUCAUUUUGGACCCCAUUUUCCUACCUUGCAUCCCAAGCUGAUUACUCUUGUACUCAGAAAGAACAGGUUUCGUUCUGGUCUCCCUCCAGAGCUAAGCUCCUUCUAUCAGCUUCAGAAGCUGGAUUUAUCUUCAAAUGGAUUCGUAGGACCAUUUUUGCCAUCAUUAUUUUCGCUGCCUUCAAUUAAUUACCUUGAUAUAGCAGCAAACAAGUUCACUGGCAGGCUUUUACACAACAUGUCUUGCAAUGCAGAGCUUGCUUUUGUGAAUUUGUCUUCUAAUCUCUUGACAGGGGAGUUGCCCAGUUGUCUUCAAUGGGGUUCUAAGGGAAAGGUUGUCGUGUAUGGUGGGAAUUGUUUAUUGAAUGGAGGGAAAGGACAGCAUCCGCAGUCCUAUUGCCAGAAUGAAGCUCUGGCAGUGAAAGUCUUGCCACAGAAGGGAAAUAAAAAUGACCCACAGGCUAGAAAAGUUCUUGCAUCAAGUACUGCGGUUGGAAUUGUUGGAGGAAUUUUGCUGCUUGGUCUGAUUUUCUUGGUUAUCAGAAAAGUUCAUAGUAUGAACAAUGCUCAAGAACCCAAAACAAGAUUGAUAUCAGAGAAUGCCUCAACCGCAUACACGUUAAAGCUGCUUUCAAAUGCAAGGUAUAUCUGUCAAACAAGGCAACUAGGACCUCUUGUUCUUCCUGCUUAUCGUGUUUUUACCUUGGAGGAACUUAAGGAGGCCACAAAUAACUUUAAUAUGUCAAGUUUCAUGGGUGAAGGUUCUCAUGGUCAGGUUUACCAAGGUAGGCUCACAAGUGGUGCUAUAAUUGCUAUAAGAUGCAUGAAAAUGAGGAAAAGGCAUGGUGUCUACACCUAUACACGUCACAUUGAGCUAAUUUCAAAACUUAGGCAUUGCCAUUUGGUUAGCGUGCUUGGACAUUGCUUUGAGUGCUACCCAGAUGAUUCAUGUGUCAAUAAGGUAUAUAUUGUGUUCGAGUUUGUGCCAAAUGGGACGCUAAGAGGCUGCACAUCUGAGGCACUUCCAGGGCAAAAGCUUACUUGGAUACAAAGGAUAGCAGCUGUUAUUGGAGUCGCGAAGGGCAUUCAAUUUCUGCACACAGGGGUUGUGCCUGGUGUAUUUUCAAAUAAUCUGAAAAUAACAGAUGUUUUGUUGGAUCAUGAACUUCAUACAAAAAUUUGGAGUUAUAACCUGCCCUUGCUAGCAGAUAAUAAGGAAAUGGUGCACCAUGGUACUUCUUCUACUCAACCAAAAGAUAGCAUGCGAGCAAGGGAAAAAUAUGAAGAUAAGAAUGAUAUAUAUGACUUGGGAGUGAUAUUAUUAGAAAUCAUUGUGGGAAGGCCAAUCACGUCCCGAAAUGACAUCCACGUCGCAAAAGAUCUCUUAAUAGUAAGUUUAAAAGCAAAUGACAUAGCUCGAAGGGGCAUUGUUGACCCAGCAGUUCAGAGAGAGUGCUCCAACGAAUCACUGAGAACAAUGAUGGAUAUCUGUGUCAAUUGCAUGUCCAGUGAACCAAUCCACAGGCCCUCCAUAGAGGAUGUGCUUUGGAACUUGCAGUUUGCAGCUCAGGUUCAGGAUUCAUGGAGGGGAGAGUCCCAGAGCCCCCGAGGAUCACAUGCCUCGUCUUCACCUUAACUAAUGAUUCCAAAUUUUGAUGUUUUCCUGAACAGUGAACACAAAAGAGCAGUAGGAGUCAAGUUGCAAGUUGGAAGUUACAUGAAGCACAUAAGCAUCUUUUAUAGAAGUUCCAAGUGCUCCAAGUCUCUGGUGCCAUGAAUGUGUUUCUGUCCUCUUUGUUUCACUUCAUGGGCAAACAGGCAAUUUUACUGGCUUCCAAUUUACGUUUGGGGUGGGCAGGCUGCCCUGAUGGCAACAGUUUCAUCAUAAUGAUUGAAGAAUAAAGCUUACAAAAUUGUGUCUGGGCAAUCUCAAAUCCCAGUUGUUCUUUCACAAUCUAAGUUCUGUUGGUCAGAUUUUGGGGUCCCUCCUGCAGCACUACAAGGUCCAGAUUGGACUUUGAUGGGAGUUCCCUUGUAUUUUAUUAUACUAUCUACUUUCACAGAUCUUGCAGAAGGGGAUGGUCGAUGUAUAUAUAUAUAUAUAUAUGGAGUAUGCAAAUAAAGGUGGAGCUGACAUUAUGAUAA